UCUUCUUGUCCAUUCAAAGUUUGUAGAUCCAUUCCCUCCACUUUUAGACAACAACAUAAACACAAAUCACUGUUUCUUUCUCUCUCGAUGAAGAACCAAAAAGAGCAAAACUCAUCAUUGUCUUCUUCAUCACCAUCUCUAGUAGCAAAGCUUCUCAAUGCACAAUACCUUCAGUUCCUUAAUCUCCUCUCUUAUUCCCUCAUUCUAUGUUGCGGCAUAAUCAUCGGUAUCCUUCUCCACUCCUCUCUUCAAGACAUCUCAUCCAUAUCUUCACCCAACAUCCAACGCAUCUCUCAGCUCUUUCUCGUCUCCUCUAUUCCUUCUCCUCCUCCUCCUCCUCCUCCUCCUCCUCCUCCUUCUCUUCCUCCUCCUUCUCCCCCUCCUCCUUCUCAGCCCGAACACAUUGGGCUAGAACAGUUUCUGAGGCCGCCGAAGAAGAUCAUGCACGACAUGGAAGAAGAAGAGCUUCUUUGGAGAGCUUCAAUGACCCCUAAGAUCAAGAAUUAUCCUUUUCCUAGAACACCAAAGGUAGCUUUCAUGUUCUUGACAAAAGGUCAUUUACCUCUUGCUCCUUUAUGGGAGAGGUUCUUUCGAGGACACGAGGGUCUGUUCAGUAUUUACGUUCACUCCUACCCUUCUUAUAACCAGACAGAUCCUGAAGGUUCCGUCUUCCAUGGCCGGUUGAUUCCAAGCAAGAGAGUGGACUGGGGAUAUGUGAAUAUGGUGGAAGCAGAACAAAGAUUACUAGCAAAUGCUUUAUUAGACAUAUCAAACGAACGAUUCGUACUUCUCUCGGAAUCAUGCAUCCCUCUCUUCAACUUUACAACGGUUUACUCUUACCUCACUAAAUCAACUCAAACUCACGUCGAGUCCUACGACGAACUCAGUGGCGUUGGACGUGGCCGAUACAGCCCUGAAAUGAAGCCACGUAUCCAGCUACGACACUGGCGCAAAGGCUCCCAAUGGUUCGAGUUGGACCGUGCCAUGGCCCUUGAAAUCAUCUCCGACAAAAUCUAUUGGCCUCUCUUUUACCGUUAUUGCCAUCACGGUUGCUACACAGACGAGCACUACAUCCCGACACUCCUCAACAUCAAAUCGAGCCUUGGUCGUCGCAACUCGAACCGGACUCUCACCUGGGUCGACUGGUCGAAAGGUGGACCCCAUCCAAACCGAUUUAUCAGAUACGAGGUGACAGAAGAGUUCUUAUUGAAGCUGAGGAGUGGUGGUGAGGAGAAUAGGCAGUGCUACCACAAUGGAGAGAAAACGAAUAUUUGUUAUUUAUUUGCUCGCAAGUUCUUGCCCACUGCUCUCGGCAGGUUGCUCAGGCUUGCACCUACUGUUCUAUAUUUCUGAUAGUUCUCUUUCAUUUAAAUAUGUUUUUUUUUCAAUUUGUCAACGUAAUGUUGUAUUCUUUUAAUUCUUCUUUCCAAUUCAAAAAUGAUCAU